AUCAUGAUCAUUGAUGCUGGGACGUUGAUAUUCCGUCUUCCUGGAUCAAAAUGUUUCACUUGGCUCGGCCUCGUCCGACGCCAUACAUACUAGAACACUGCAAGUUACCUUCAAGUAGGCUCCUCCUUCAAGCAUCACCAAAACGCUCAUCUAACAAUGCUCGAUGGUGGUCCUGUGUUCUACUUAGCCACGGCAGCCUUGGCGUUAGCUGCUUUAAGCUUUUGUCGAAAAUAUUGGGACAACCCCGCUGCUGCCCGAUCCUACUCCUCUCCCUCAACAACGAAUAGUGACAUCUUCAACGGCUAUCUUAUCCCCAAAGGGAUUCUGGUAUACACAAACACAUGGAAAGCUUGCAGCACCUCUACUAAAUUUCUCAAGGUGACCGAACCUAUAGGCCGAUGACACAUGACGAAACGAAAUGCCCCAGACCUGAUGAAUUCAAGCCGUAAAUAUUUCUCUAUGAAGAUGGGUCCCUCACCAGCGACACGAUGCCUCUAGGCU